AUGGGUAUGCUAGGAAGCAAGCCAACGGAUGUUCCUAUAAAUCCCAAUCAUAAACUUGGAGAUUGCUUAGGAAGCACAUUGGUGGAUAAGGGGAGAUAUCAGCACCUGAUAGGAAAGCACAUCUCCUUGUCACACACUUGGGCGGACAUUGCUUGUACAGUUAGUGUGGAGAGUCAAUUCAUGCAUGCUCCAUUUAAAAAGCAUAUGGAAGCUAUUUACCAAAUCCUAAGAUAUUUGAAGGGGACUCCUGGUUUUGGACUCUACUUCAGACAAAAUUCAAAAAGGUCUAUUGAAACCUUCAUAGAUGCUGAUUGGGCAGGAUCAGUGAUGGACAUGAGAUCCGCGAUGGACAUGAGAUCCGCAACCGGUUAUUGUACCUUUUUAUGGGGAAACCUAGUCAUUUGGAGGAGUAAGAAUCAACCAGUUGUAGCCAGGAAUAGUGCUGAAGUUGAAUUCGGAGCUUUGGCACAUGGAAUUUAA